CGCUAAGAGCAAAAGAGCAAAAGCAAAGCAAGAGGGCAGAGCGCCAAUCCUGAUCGGCGCCAAACAGAUUAUGGAGGAGCCUACAAUCCUGCAGCAGUGUCCAAACACGGUCACCAUCCGGCGCAACCCUCACCGGAGAGCGAGGCCCAAGACUACUCCGGCAACCGCAGCCGCCGGAAUCCCGUCUUGUACUGUGCCGAAAGUCCCUUUCCCGACGGAAGAAAUUCUCUCCAUGGACAUAUCGAGCUCGAAACCUGACCCCGAGAAUCUCAGAGUCUUCCUCCGAAUUCGACCUCUACUGAGGCCGUCGGACAAAAGGAGCGGCGUCGUCGGAGAUUUAAAGGCCAGAUCCAAAAACGUUUGGCCGCAAAACCCUAAGAACGCCGCGGCGAGGGAACAGAAGAAGAAGAAAAGCCCUAACGCCGAGGUCUGUGUCAAGGUGAACAGUGCUCGCUCGGUGACUGUGGCGCCGCCACUAUCCUUGCAGGAACCUAACCGGCUCAAGUCUGAGGUCUACGAUGGCUUCUCACACGUCUUCUCCUCCGAUUCUUCUCAGGAGGAGGUGUAUGAGAUGAUGGUGAAGCCAUUGGUGGAAGACUUCUUGAAGGGCAAGAGUGGAAUGUUGGCUGCAAUGGGGCCUAGUGGCUCCGGCAAGACUCAUACAGUUUUCGGUUGCCCCAGGGAGCCCGGAAUGGUACCACUUGCGCUUCAACACAUAUUCAAGCGAGUUCCGGAUAGCAUUACCGAGUCUCCGAGGUCAUUUUUCAUAUCAAUGUUUGAAAUAAGUACUGAACGAGGUAAAGCAGAGAAAUGGAUUGAUUUAUCUCCAAAUGGGGGUGAAAUAACUAUGCAACAAUCUAACCUGAAAGGCCUACAAGAGAUAGCCAUAUCUGAUGCUCGACAGGCAGAAUCCUUAGUUGCGCAGGCAAUGCAAAAACGUGCCACUGCUACGACAAAUUCAAACAGCCAGUCAAGUCGUUCACAGUGUAUUAUUAACAUUCGAGGUGUUGCCGACAAGUUUGAUGGAGAGGAUAACAAUAAUGCAAAUGAAGUUGUCCUAAGUAUUGUUGACCUUGCUGGAGCUGAAAGAGAAAAGAGAACUGGGAAUCAGGGAGCAAGGUUGCUUGAAAGUAAUUUCAUCAACAACACAUCGAUGGUUUUUGGCUUGUGCUUGAGAUCCUUAUUGGAGCAUCAGAAGAACCCUAAGAAGCCAAUGCAAAAGCACUUUCAGAACUCAUUGUUGACCAAGUACUUGAGAGACUAUUUGGAAGGCAAGAAGAGGAUGUCACUGAUUUUAACAGUAAAAUCAGGAGAAGAAGAUUAUCGUGAUACAUCUCACCUGCUAAGACAGGCCUCACCUUAUAUGGAAAUCAAGUUUAAUAAUGCUGAAGACCCUUCAAAUAUUCCGAACAAAAGGCAAAUCCAGUCUUUGUCUAGAACUGAGCAGCGCAAAAGAAUGAAAUUAACCGGUUCUGAGUCUUGCGUGAUUGAACAAGAGAAAAGCAUUGAAUCCGAAAUUGGACUAACCAAGGAAGCGGCACAAAGAAUCUACAAGGUGGAAUUAAGUAGUGGUUCAAAACCGUGUAAUGUUGACACUGCAGAUGGAGAGACAAACCAUCAGAUUAUGCAGAGUUUUGCUAAAGCUAUAUGGAAUGUUUUGAAGGAGUACAACAAAAAACUAAAGGUGGCGGAUGAUGAAAUCAAGCAUCUCAGGGAAAGUCUUAUGACUGAAAAAACAAGACAUCUUGAGCUGGAAAAAGAGCUGAAGGAUAUAAAGUCCUGCUGUACAUGCUUCCACAUAAAAUCCAAUGUUGAUCAGCCUUUCUACUCAGGGAGAUGUGACAACAAUGGCACUCCCAAAAGAUUGGACUUUACUUCAAAAGAGGAUCACAAUAUUUUCUCCGAGGUGCAGGCCUUUGGGUGUGUUGACAAUGAACCCGAUAUUGACGCAACUCUAGUUCCAAGCCAGACUGAUGAAAAACAAAGCGAUGCUACUGUGAAAACUUCGGAUGUUGGUGAGGUCGGUAAUCCUUGCCUUGGACCUGGAAACACAGACCAGUGGAAUCAUCAGAUAUGUGAGGGCUUCCCUGGCAGUGGACAUAGUGCGGAAGAUGGGUGCGAGUCUAAAUGUGUACAAAUAGAGGAUAAUUAUCCUAAUGCAGAUGUAGCAGGUCUUUCAGUGAACUCUUCUGAGCUGGUUGUUAUUCAAAGAAAGGAUAGCUGCUCAUCAGUGGAGCUUGAUGACCUGCUAAGUGAGGAGGAUGAGGAAUCGUCGGAUGUUGUAUAUACUGAACAUUGCAAUAGCGUUGACCGGCAGUCUAGACUUGAUACUUCUUCUGAGGCUUUGCAUAUGGACAAGUCAGAAAGGAAAGUGUUGCAUGCGUCAUCUCUAUCGCCAAGUUCUAAUGUUAAGAAUGAGAUUGAGGAGUCAAAAGAAUCAUUUGAUUUGCCAACAUUGCCGAAGGAAGGUGUUGUUUCAACUAAAAAGUGUAGCAUUAUUCAUGUGCCUGUUAGUGAACCUACAGUUGAUACAUCUACCAAGCUGGAGAAACCAAAAAGGAGACUGUUGCCCGCCUCAUCUACAUUACUAAGAAAUUUCAGUACUUCGGACAUUGAGGAUGACAGUGAGAAACCAAAGGGCGGAAAGAAAUUAGCUGCAGAAGGAAGAACAAGAACGCAAGGUAGCAUCUCUCUUGUGCGCUUGCUUCAGAGCAAUCUCCGUAUUUAGUUAUGCUCAUUUUAUAGGUCAGCGUUUUGGUACUAUACGUGGGGGUCAUUUUUGUUUUUAGGCCCAUGUAUAGUUAUAAUCUUAUAGAAUACAUGUCUAAUUUAGGGUCUGGUUUGGUCUACGUCUCAAUCAGAAUGUAGAAAAGUAGUUGUAGGUAGAUUUCUACAUGAUACUAUAACAUUUUAUUCUCUCUCUCUCUCUCUCUCUCUCUCUCUCUCUCUCUAUCUACUUAAUUGAGUAAUAAUACACUUGCAUCAUAAGGUUAAGGU